GCACCGAUGUCGUCGAAUCACGAGCAUUGGACAAACAAAGAUACGCGUAUGUGUGUGAGAAUGUGUGAAUGUGAAAAUAACCUCGGAAAAGUGAACAGUUUGCUGGUGAAAGCUACUGAAGACCAACGACAAAGAGGUGAUCAAAAUCGAAGAACGAGACGUCGACGCAGGAGCGAAUCCUUCGGUAACUUCGGUAAUCGUGCUUUCCAAAGAACUUCCUCAGAUUAAUAACAUGGUGUCUAUAAAGAAGCUGGGACUCGCUGGACUUGGCACAUUCUUCAUUGGUUUCAUUAAUUACAACCUAGGUUUUCCUGCAAUAUUGAAAUCACAAGUGAAAUCGCAAGUCAGUCUGAAGAAAGGCACGGAAAUGCGCGAUUUUUGGGAGAAGCUUCCGCAACCGUUACACUUCGCUAUCUACAUUUUCAAUGUGACGAAUUUUAACGAAAUCAAAUCAGGAGCGAAACCAAUCGUGCAAGAACUCGGACCAUUUCACUACGACUUAUAUCGGGACAAAGAGAACAUCGUCGACCAAGAAGAAGAAGACAGUGUCGAGUAUAGCUUGAAGCAAGUUUGGUAUUUCAAUCGAGAGAAAAGCGCCAUGUCAGAUGACGUGGAUAUCUAUUCGUUUCAUCCCGUUAUGUUAGCAAUAAUCCUCAUCGCCCAGAGAGACAAGCCAUCCGCGAUGGCAGUCAUUAGCAAGGCAAUCGACAGUAUUUUCAAGAAACCUGAAUCAAUAUUCAUCAAAACUACUGUGAAAGAAUUAUUCUUCCAUGGUGUAUACGUCGACUGUAGAAAUAUAACCGAUUUCGCUGGAUCCGCAAUCUGUACCCUACUGCAAGAAAAGGACGAAAUGUUCAUAAAAGAAGGGGACUCAAUUUACAAAUACGGUUAUCUCGCUAAGCGGAACGGGACUUACUUGCCAGAUCGUAUAAAAGUAUUGCGCGGAAUCAAGAAUUACGAAGAUGUAGGCCGCGUCCUAUCUUUAGGAAACGGGACGAAGAUGAACUUUUGGUCAGGCAGCCCCUGUAACGACUUCCGCGGCACGGAUGGAACUAUAUUCCCGCCCUUUCUUAGCAAUGAUAAACUUGUUUGGGCACACUUUCCGGAUAUCUGUCGAAGUAUAGCAGCCUACUAUGUCGAUCCAGGAAAGAUUAAAGGUUUCAAAACGUUACAUUACACAGCAGAUUUGGGAGAUCCGUCCAUAGAUGAAGACGUGAGAUGCCUCUGUCGCGAAUCUGAUGGAUGCAUGCCGAAAAACAUUUUUGACGCGGGUCCCUGCUUAAACGUGCCCAUAAGAAUAAGUUUACCUCAUCUACUUAACUCCGAUCCACAUUAUUAUGAGCUGAUCGAUGGAUUAAAACCCGAUUUGGAAAAGCAUAUGAUGACUUUCGACUUCGAUCCGAUGACAGGCACCCCACUGAAGGCGUUCAAGAAGAUUGAAUUCAACGUAAUGAUAGGACCUAUCUCGAAGCUCAAACUGAUGAAGUCUUUCCCAGAAGCUCUUUUCCCGAUAUUCUGGGUAGAUGACGGAAUCGAGCUCGGACCUAUUCUCAUGAAACCAUUGAAAGUUGCAUACAUGCAGAUUUUAAUUGCAAAGAUAGUACUUUGGUUCAUGAUGUUGAGUGGAAUAGGCAUGAUGGGCGUCGCUGGGGUAAAAUAUUACAAAGAGAAAAAUAGCAACAACGUAAACAUGUCACCAAUUCCGGACACAAAGCAGGAAGGAAAUAAUGCUCCAAUGGCUCAGACGAUGACUAUCAGCACUAUACCUGGUGUGGUACCACUCAGUAUCGAUUAACAGACGAUAACCAUCGUAUUGUCAGCUUAUCGUUGAAACUGAAAAAUUGUCGAGAGCUGACAUUGAUAACAGGAUGAUGAUCGCAGUACGUCGCGAAUAAUAUUUUGCAAGAUAUCAUUACUUCUUGAUAUUUUUUAAUAAUAUAUUUAUUUUAGUAGCGCGACUUUAUUAUGAUAUAUAUAUAUAUAUAUAUAUAUAUAUAUAUAUAUAUAUAUA